CGCUAUAUAAGGAUGUGGAACAGUAACUGUAAGAACAGUUCAUAGUACGUCGAUCGUAAGAGAAGUCGCACGGCCAAGAAGUCGAUGAUGACGUUCGCGAAAUUUUCACUGAUCAUCUGCCUGUUUGGUAUUUUACUUUGGGAGAUUCAUGGACAAGGCAUGAUGAUUGAUCCCAUUAGCAGAAGCAGCGCCUGGCGCAAAGGAUUCCCCGUUGAAGUGAAUAUCAACGACCAUGAACUUUCCUGCGGGGGGCCGACCAUUCAGUUCACGCAAAAUAAUGGAUUGUGUGGAGUAUGCGGUGACGAUUACGCUAUGCCACGACCUAGACCAAAUGAAAACGGUGGACUUUAUGGAACCGGCGUGAUCGUCCAAAGGUACAAAGUAGGCAGUAUUAUUAACGUAAAGGUGAAACUGAUUGCUAACGACCUGGGACACUUCCGAUUCAAUCUAUGCCCCUUGGAAGGACCGAACGAUCUCGAGACCGAGAUGUGUUUCAAUCAAUAUCCGCUUCAGUUGUACAACAGCUACCCUGACGACAAGUUUUACCUACCAAAUUAUGAAAAGGACUUCUACAUAUCAAUCCAGCUGCCACCGAAUGUGAUCUGCGAACAUUGUGUGCUUAGGUGGACUUAUGAAAUUGGAAACCACGUUUCUCGAUGUUAUAACGGAGAAGUCUCAUUCGGAUGUGGAUCUCAAAAGACAUUCAGAAAUUGCGCCGAUAUCGCGAUCACUUUAUCCUGAUUACUCCUCCUGGUCGAUAACAUGUGUACCUUCGUUACUUAGAUUAAGUUAGAGAGUAACUGUUCAAUUAAUCGAAGAAGUUUUCUUCUUUCGUCUGGUCUAUAAGCACAUCUGAAAAUGUUUAAAAAAUAUUCGGCAGAUAUCUCAGGAGAGAUCGUUACGAUAAUAGAAUUAAGAUCAGCUAGGAAUCGAAGUACACCUUAUAAUUAAAAUUAAUAUGAAUAUACAUGUGCAGGAUUCGAUCAAUCACGGUGAAAUAGAAAGCAAGAGAAUA